AUGGUGGCCGCUGCUACGGCCAAGCUAAACAACGGGCUACUGUCCGCACCGCCGGCCGCGGCGACUUCAAUUAUGAUCGCCAGUUCCAAUGGAAUCGUUCGCGGCAGCAGUGUUGGUGGCGGCGGUGGUGGUGGCGGUGCGGCCAUGUUGUUAGGUGGCCAUUCCUACCAAACAGCUCACCCUCAAUCGCACCUGACGGCAGCGAAAGCACUCGCGGCAGCCGUUGCCGCGGCAUCCGCUGCUCACCACCACCAUCACCAACGCAGUGGCCACCAUCCGUUCUCCGUGCCACGCCAACAUUCGUUGGCUAGCAACUCUUUUACAGCAAAGCGAUCGCACGCGGUCGAGACGGCGAAACAGAUCGUCCUCCCCGGUGGCGGUGGUUCGGCCUCGAAACAAUCAGCAACAACCAAGAGCAAUACCACGGUUCCCAAUGAGCACGGUUCCAAAGCAUCAUCCUUCGGUGGCGGCGGCGGUGGCGGUGCAGGUCUGUCCGUACUGCCUGUACGAACGAUAGUGGCCACAGUCGGUGCUACGAGUACGAUCGCGACACUAGCGUCGCCCGUCCCUUCGACAAUCCUUCUCACGAUGUCGUCGUACUCGGGUGGUUCCGCCCCGAGUCAUCCACCAAAUCGUUCACCAUCUCCGUCCCAGCAGAGCCCGGCAUCAAUAUCAUCAUCGCCGCUUCCAUCCCGUCCCCCGUCGCUGGCCGUGGUGAUGAAUGAUGCUCGAACGCAAAGCAAUGAAAACGAUAUCAUUAACAACAUGAUGGUGGUCAGUGCGAAGUUGGCCGAGGCUGGGGAACAACAGCAUCACCAACACCGCUGUGUGCUCAAACAUAAGCUCACCAGUUCCAACGGAGGUGAGCACACGGAGGGCCAGUGUGACAGUGACAUGAAGCCUCCGCCGUCGGCCAAGAUGCGCUUAUCGCGCGCACUUUCGAUCACCAGGGACGGCAACGAAGCUAACGAACCGAUCUGA